AAAAACAAAGGAAGGGGCUGGGCCAGUUUGAGGCUCGCUGAAGAGAUGGAUUGAAAAACUCGUGUCUUUCUCUCUUACAUAAACCUCGCAAAACCAGUCAAGUCAGUUUUGAAGAUUCUGCGUCUCUGCGUGGGCAAAGAUUUUUUAGGCAUUUGUCUGACAUGGAUGACAAAGAUUCAUGGGAUUCCCUCUCUGAAUUCACCUUAGCUGAGAUAUUGGAAAUGGAGAACAUGUACAAGGAAAUAGGAGAAGAAACACUUAAUAAAGAAUUUUGCCAGAAGCUUGCUACCAACUUCAGUUGCUCUUCAAACCGCAUGGGAAAAUCUGCUGUAAAAUGGCAACAGGUCCAAAUUUGGUUCCAAGAAAAAUUACUAAAGACACAAAAUAAACAUGCGCCAUCCUCAUUGGCCUUAAAGCUAUUUGUUGAUCUUUCUGAUGCAAAUUCAAGCAACCCAGGGAUCUUGCAAAGGCGCAAAGGUACCGUUGAAGAUCUUAAGGAGUUGUCAUUUGAAGCCAGAUCAUCAAAAGAUUUUGCAUGGUAUGAUGUUGAGUCAUUCCUCAACUAUAGAGUCCUUAGUACUGGUGAACUUGAAGUGCGUGUACGAUUCACUGGAUUCGAUAAAAGAGAGGAUGAGUGGGUGAAUGUGGAUAAUGCAGUUCGUGAACGAUCAGUUCCUUUAGAACCUUCAGAAUGUCAUAUGGUUAAGAUUGGAGACCUUGUGCUGUGCUACCAGACACAAGGCAGAUGACCUCCUAAUAUUUCCAUCCAACAGUCCAGUCUAUUGUAGGUAUUUGAAACACAAAGCAGCAAAGCCAUGGUGUUUUUGGUUUCGGAUCUAUAUUUCUAAACUUCCUACUAUAAUUACGCAGCAGUAAAAAGUCAUCAAAGAGUGUAUAAUACUGUCAUAGGUAGGCUGAACGUUUAUUUCAGUUAACGUUGUCUUGGCUUCUUGCCUCUGUUGAUCUAUAGGAUAGAGAGCAUCAUCAAGUCUACUGUGAUGCCCGUGUCGCGGAUAUUCAAAGGAAUUCACAUGAUGAGAGAGGCUGCACAUGCAUCUUCGUGGUCUGCUAUGA